CCCAUGCCUUCUAUUGGCUCACCUCCUCUAUAUAUAGACACACCCCCUCUCACCUCUAGCUUGCCAGCCCUAAAGCAAACACACUACUCCAAUCCUUGUUCUCACAAACGCUCGCACACAAACUCCACUAGCUAGCAGUGCUUCAACCAGCCAUACAUAGUCACGCAGUUAGCGAUCGCGACAAUGCAGUACGGCGCAGCGGCGGAGGAGGCGUGGUACAUGUCAGUGGUGGCGCCGGCGGCCGUAGAGACGGCGGCGGAACGCGUGGAGCGGCUGGCGUCGGAGAGCGCAGUGGUGGUGUUCAGUGUGAGCACCUGCUGCAUGUGCCACGCCGUGAAGCGCCUCUUCUGCGGCAUGGGCGUGCACCCCACGGUGCACGAGCUGGACCUCGAUCCGCUGGGCCGCGAGCUGGAGCGCGCCCUCGCCCGCCUCCUCGGCGCCGCCACCGCGGGGUCGGCACCGGUCGUACCCGUCGUGUUCAUCGGCGGCAGGCUGGUCGGCGCUAUGGACCGCGUCAUGGCCGCGCACAUCAACGGCUCCCUCGUGCCGCUUCUCAAGGAGGCCGGCGCGCUCUGGCUCUGA